CUCGCCGGGAUGGGAACUGUGGAACCUUUGGAGUAUUACAGGAGGUUUUUGAAAGAGAACUGUCGGCCUGAUGGAAGAGAGUUAGGUGAAUUUCGGACAACCACUGUCAACAUAGGUUCAAUUACAACUGCAGAUGGUUCUGCCCUGGUGAAGUUAGGAAAUACCACGGUGAUUUGUGGAGUAAAAGCGGAACUUGCUGCACCUGCAGUGGAUUCUGCUAAUAAGGGAUAUAUUGUUCCAAAUGUGGAGCUGCCAUCCCUCUGUGCAGAGAGGUUUCGCUCUGGACCACCUGGUGAAGAGGCUCAAGCAGCGAGCCAGUUCAUUGCAGAUGUGAUUGAAAAUUCACAGAUGAUAGUGAAAGAAGAUCUGUGUAUUGCCAAUGGCAAGCUUGCUUGGGUGUUAUACUGUGAUAUCAUAUGUCUGGACUAUGAUGGAAACCUUCUGGAUGCCAGUGUCUUUGCUUUGUUGGCAGCAUUAAAAAAUGUGCAUUUGCCGUUGGUUACGAUAAAUGAAGAAACUGGUUUAUCAGAAGUUAAUUUAAAACAGAAGAACCCUUUGAUUAUCAGAAAGCAUCCGGUUGCCACAUCAUUUGCUAUAUUCGAUGACACGUUACUCAUUGUUGAUCCAACUGCUGAAGAGGAAGAUUUAGCAACUGGAACAGUAACCAUUGUAACUGAUGAAGAAGGCAGACUGUGUUCUGUCCAUAAACCAGGUGGAAGUCCUCUUACAGGAGCCAAGCUUCAGGACUGUAUCACCAGAGCAAUUACAAGACACAAAGAAGUAAAGAAGCUGAUAGACAAAGUAAUAAAAAGUAUAACACCCAAGUGAACAAAAAGAGAGCUCUUUU